AUGGCGGACGACUUGGACCGAUUACUGGAUGAAGUGGAGAAGCGGCUCUGCCUCCGGCCGGGGCGGGGGGCGGCGGGCGGCCACCGGCACGGCGACGGAGAGGAGGAGGAGGAGGGGGCGGCGGCGAAGGAGGGCAGAUCAGCUAAGCUGUUAAUGAGUGCUGGCAGCAGUGAAGAAGAUAUAGACGACAUUAUUGAUGAAAUCUGUAAUGACAGCAGCUUUGCCAAAACACCUCUGAAAUUGAAGUCUAACUCUGCAAGUCUCACACCUGAAAGCAAUAGUGCUGUUGUACAGGCUCAUAGGAAAAGAUGCUGUCCAGUGUACCUGGGGGGAAGCUCUUCACCAUAUGGCAUAGGAACAAAUAUAUCAAAAAGAACGUGUGAUCAACUACGUUGUACUGCUUGCGACUUCCGUGUGUCACUUUUCAAUGACUACAUCUGGGAUCAGUCCUGUGAUUAUCUUUUUUUCAGGAAUAACAUGCCUGAACUCAGUAAACUAAGAGCAAAGAUGAUAAAGAAGAAAGGAGCACGAGCAUAUGCUUGUCAGUGCAGCUGGAGAUCCGUUGAUGAAUUAACUGACCUCCAAACAGACCAGCAGCUUCGGUGGGUUUGUGGUAAACAUGCAGAAUGAAGUCCUCUUGUGUGUGGCACCUACUUGUCUGGAAACAGGUCAUAAACUCGAUUUGUUUCCCACACAGUUUUCUGAGAACAGAUGAAAACCUGAAUACUUAUACCUAGAAAUAGAUUAUAACACCCAGACUUCAACCUGAAAACUUUUUUUCUAUUUAACUGUCUUGCAAGCAAUAUGGGGAGUUGAAAUAUUAGA